AUGUCGGACCAGGAAGUGACGGUGACCCUCCUGCCCCUCUUCACGGACACCCACCUCCCCCGUACCAUCGACUUGACGAAGGAUGAUAUGACCAUAGCCAUCGGGCGUUCCUCAAAGCGCGAAGGCCGAAAGCGCAACCCAGAGAAUGCGAACGCUUGGUUUGAAUCUCGAGUCAUGUCCCGUGACCAUGCUCUUCUGACUUACUCGCCGGAGGAAAAGAUGGUCUUUAUUUGCGACUGUGGUUCGACACAUGGAACCUUCGUGAACGAUGCCAAACUGGUGCCAAAUGUGGAUAGCCCGCUGUUCAGUGGGGACAUCAUCCGGUUUGGAGUUAGCGUGGAUCGUGGUCAUGAAGUCUUUGAGGCGCUCGAAGUUCGCUGCAGUAUCUUGUGGCCCGAACCCAAUGUCGCAGUCAUUUCAGACCAGGACGUUACAAUCCAGCCCGAUCCAAGUCCAUCUACCAACAGCUUUUCGGUCCCCGAAGAUGAUAGCGAUGUUGAGUCGGCGGACGUUUCCAGCAGUGACGGUUCCGAUGGGUCCGCGGAUAGAUCUUGGGAGACGACUAUCACUCCCACCUCUCUUGUCUUCAGCUGCAAGGAUGGCGAACAUGGAAAGGGCGAGGAUGAAUGUUCAGAGAAUGAGCCAAUUGUCAUGGAAUAUGAUAUUUCCACCAAGCCCACUGGCGAGACUGGCGCCCACCCCAUGCCUAUUCCAACGGUAGUGCCUAGUCUGCCUAGUCCGCUAUCCGAUACCAACCCGGUCUCCGAAGUUGAAGUAUCAGCCACAAAGCCAGUCUCAGAUGUCGAUUUUCCCCCCAAAAAGCCGACUGAUAGUGAUGAGGCAUGGGCCGCUGAAGUGCAGUAUGAAGAGCCAAGUUUCCCUGAAAGCUGUUACCAGGGGGUUCCAGAAUUACAGUACUCAAAUUGGACCAUCAUGAAACCGAUGUUCAUGCGCAUUGCAGACAUGGCAUGGGGUCAAUCCAACAAUAUUCCCGAUGUCGACCAUGAGAAGCGCAUCAUCCAUGCUGCACGCCGUUGCUCUUUCUCGACUGACGCGUACUGGGUUGAUGAUGCCCCGAGGUUCCGGCCUACCCAUGGGACAGAAAUCUCAUGGGAACCGGACUCCGAGGAGUCAGACACAUCAUUCCAUCGUAUGCCAGGCAGCCUUUUGAGGUACUGGUCGGUCGAUAAGCGCAGAUUCUGGGUCAUUCACGAGAACCAGUGGGAUCAUCAGAUGAGCAACUGGUGGUGGGUCGUUGAAAAACCGCAGGAGCUUCUGAGCGAUGAGUUAAAGCACCAACUCGCGACUGAGACUGAAGUUGAUGACUGUCAUAAGUACUGGAUUGUGCGAGCCUGGGAGCCUCAGCUGAUUGGCGAGACAUGGUGCGAUGUGGCUCCUUACUGGGAUCCUUGUUUCGAUACGGACUUGCUCGCUGAUGACGAAUCUGUCGAUUCGGACGAGGAUCUGGACAGCGAGUAUUCCGAAGAAUACGGGGUUUCACGUGUUGGUUUCAAUGAUGGAGCCAUCCACGAGGCAUGCUAUGCCGCCGAGAAGAAAGACGGGGAGAACAACGAGGAUGAUGAGGCCAUCUCCGAGGGAUUCUAUACCAAGGAUUAUCCUGCGACGGACGACGAGGAUGAUGAUUACGAAGAUGAGGAUCCAGAAGAAGAUGCAGUCUCCGACGGAUCCAAGAGUGAUGCCGAUCGGUCCUCAGAUGAUGGCAUCAUCGAGGAAUGUGAGAUGCUACAGAGGGUUCACAUGCUUCCACCGUUCAACCUGGAGCGUCAUGAAUACACCGAUGCCGUCGAAGUAUCCAAGCAUGUACCGGAGACAGCUGAAUCUGAACAACAGGGCCCCAAGAUCCGCACAAAAUGCGGGUUCAACUUUGUGCCGCCUGAACCAUUCAUGACGUACCCAGGUGCUCGGUUCCCCAAAUACAGUGUUUCCACUGAGUUGCCGAAGUCGUGCCAGCACGGUUUCCCCGACUCUGGGAUGUCAUCUUUCCCUAGUGGAUAUAAGACUGUUUAUCAUGACGGACCCUUUGCCAGCAAUGCUUUUGUGGAACAACUUGAUUCUGGAAACUUGGACGAAGCGACUUCUGGCAAAUCACCUCUGAAGCGUACUGCCACGGAGAUGGAGUCGUCUGUUGUACCCGACGUCUCACAAGAUGCUCAACGGCUGCCCGAAGACCCAAGCAGCCUCCCAAAUCUCGACAAACUUACCUCCGAAGCCAAGGAGGCGAUCGGCUCUGCACUUGCUGAGAAUGUCUCUGCAACAGCUGCUAAUGAUUAUCCGGCUAAGCGGGUCAAGCACAGUCACUCAACUGCGAAGACCCUAGCAAGCCAUGCAGUCACGGCAGCCGUGGGUCUUGUGCUAGGUGGUGUUGGUACAAUAGCGGCGUUGGCGGCGAUGCCCAACAAAUACUUUCAAUGA